AUGCCCAAGUCGUGCAGGGUGAAAACCUCACAAUCCGGAGGCUAUGCACUAAUGGAGUCAUUAACCUCUCGCCCUCAGGCCGCGGUAACGGCUCACUCAGGCUUACACACUGUCACCUGUUACCUUCCUUGUUACAAGAAGUCGGUGAAGCGUAUGGAUGCCGUUGACGGAUGGAUCAGAACUUCUACAUCGGUUUAUUUAGACAUCGCGUCUUCAUCGAACCAGCGGUGA